AUGGCAACUGCAAUCAAAAAUAUUCCACAAAAAAUGGCUCUAAAUAGUUGCCACGCAUAUUUCUGUAAUAAAAUAGCUGGACCAUCACCAAUUAUGUAUCAGGUAGAAGAUAUUCAUACAAACGAUGAUUUAUGUAUUCGAGAAGUAAACGUUUUACAAGAUGGCAAAUUAGCAAUUAAAGCAGAAGUUUCAUUUCAUGAAGCAUGUCGAGAAUCAAUAGCACAUCAGUGUCACAUGCCUGUCACACCGAUGCCUGACUUUUGUAAUUUAUUGUCAGAAGCAAUUAAACAAUUAUUGGAAAAUAAAGAUGAAGAAAUUUUCCCAUUAUCAGUUGAAAUUCAUAAAUAUGCUGAUGCAAUAUUAUUAAACCCAAUCAAUGAUAUCUUUGACAUUCGUAUUGUUGAUGCUGAUUCGUUUGCAGCAGCAACAAUGAAAGGUUUUUAUACGAAAAUUUGGGCUAAAACAAAAGAAAAAAUUGAGGAAAAUUUAAAUUAUCACAAAUUAUUGGCAUCAUAUUUUGUGGAAACAACACUUCUACCAUCUAUGCUACGAUAUCAUAUCAGUCGUGGCUUCUCACCUAUUGAAUUAAAACCAUUGGAUUAUUGUUUAUGGAUUCAUAGUAAUGAUAUUAAUAGCAAUGAAUGGCUUUUAUGUGAAAAUCAUUUCUCUAUUGCUAAAUGUGGUAGAGCAUUUAUUCAACAUCAUUUAUGGACAAUAACAGGAAAUUUACUUAUGACAGCAACUUCGGAAGCUAUCAUUAAAGGUGUUUUCAUGGAACGAGAAUCAAAACAGUUAAAAUAA